UCAAAACGUUUAAGGUUUUGUUUACAAGUUUUCACGUUGUUGACGGUGUUAGCAAGUUACUGCUUAUUUUACUGUCUUGUGGACCAUAAUUGUAUGUUAUAGUGAAUGAUUCUAACCCUAGGUAACUAGCGAAAUCUGGGAGGUGCCUGAGUAACGUCAGUGAGGUGCCAUACUCAGAACAUGUCAUCAGCAGCAACAGUCAGUCAUCAGUAGUAGUCAUCAUCAAUAGUCAGUCAUCAGCAGCAGCAGUCAUCAUCAGUAGCAGUCAUCAUCAGUCACCAUGGACACUAUACUGGAGCAGCAGAGACGCUACCAUGAAGAAAGAGAGCGGCUUAUGGCAGCAAUGGUGAAGGAAUGUCUUCAUAAGAAGAGUUCUAAUCGGGAAGUUAUAAACUCAGACCACCGCCAUCGUAUUUUGCUUGAUAGGUAUGUAGAGGCUUCACAGCAUCUAGCAGACCUAUAUGAAGACAAAGAUGGUCUUCGCAAGGAGGAGGUAGCAGCAUUGUCUGGGCCCAAUGAACUGGCAGAAUUUUACAACCGCUUGAAGCAAAUUAAAGAAUUUCACAAAAAGCAUCCCAAUGAGAUAAGUGUGCCUAUGAGUGUGGAGUUUGAGGAAAUCAACAAGCAAAGGGAAGCUAAUGAUGAGAAUCUGGUAAUGGUAGACUUCACUGAUGAAGAAGGCUAUGGCAAAUAUCUUGAUCUUCAUGAGUGCUACAACAAAUAUCUUAAUAUCAAAGGUCUUGAAAAGAUUGACUACAUCACAUACUUAACCACCUUUGACAGAUUGUUUGAGAUACCUAAAGAAAAGAAAACUACACAGUAUCGAGAGUACCUCCAUGUUCUUCUUGACUACUUGUACAUGUAUGUAGAAAGAGUAAAGCCUCUAAUGGAUCUUAAUGAGGAGCUAGACAAUGUCAACAAAGAAUUUAAUGAACAGUGGGAAGCUGGAAGAUUCCCUGGCUGGCCAAAGGAAACAGGUGGUGCACUUGCAGCAAUGGGUGCUCAUCUUGAUCUCUCAGCUUUCUCAUCAUCAGAAGAACUCAUGUCUCUAGGUUUGGAUCGUUUGAAGUCUGCUCUAAUGGCUCUUGGAUUAAAGUGUGGAGGAACCUUAGAAGAAAGAGCACAAAGGCUUUUCCAAACAAAGGGAAUGUCUGUGGAAGAACUUGACCCGUCCCUCUUUGCAAAGUCUAAGCCUGGCAAGGUAACAAAAGGUCGUGAAACAUUAAAAAUCAGAGAGCUUGCUAUGUUAGAAGCACAAGUUUACAGAUUUACAGAAACACUAAGUGAGCAACGUUUAGCCACCAAAGAAAAUGUUCAGCGCAAACAAGCCAGAAGAGAUGGAGAAGAGGAGGAAGAGGAGGAAGCUUCAGCAUCUGAGUCUGAGGAUGAGGCUGAUGAUGAAGUACCAUAUAAUCCCAAAAACCUUCCCCUGGGCUGGGAUGGCAAACCCAUUCCAUAUUGGCUAUACAAACUUCAUGGUCUCAACAUUAGCUACAAUUGUGAAAUUUGUGGAAAUUUCACUUACAAAGGCCCAAAAGCAUUUCAGAGGCACUUUGCUGAGUGGCGCCAUGCUCAUGGCAUGAGAUGUUUGGGUAUCCCGAACACUGCUCACUUUGCAAAUGUUACACAAAUUGAGGAUGCUUUGAAGUUGUGGGAAAAACUUAAGGUUCAAAAGACAUCAGAGAGGUGGCAGUCUGAGCAGGAAGAAGAAUAUGAAGAUUCUCAAGGAAAUGUUGUUAAUCGAAAAACAUUUGAUGAUUUAAAGAGGCAAGGACUCCUUUAGAAUCUUAAUUAAUAAUGCUGUUUUUGUAUUUGAACAAUAUUAUAUAUGCUAUAUAUAUAUAUAUAUACACAUUCAUGCAGUGCUUAAAUUAUGCAUAAUUCAUUUAUCAUUUUUCAGUUCUGAAUUAAAUUGUACUCUAAUUAUUCACAUUAAAUAAUAGCAGUAAUAGAUUUUUGCUGCUUUAUGUAUUUUACAGAUAUUCUCUUCUUCAUAAUUAUUUUAAUUAAGGUGCAGUUAAAAUGGACCAAGUUAGUGCUGAUUGGGUUUUUCAUUCAUUUUCACUUAAUGUACAUAGUAUCUUUUUAAGUAAAACUGUUAUGAAUAAAUGUGACUGACUUCC